UUGCAGAUACAGCAGCAGUGUAUUACUGCCUCUAUCCACCAUGUUGAUCCCUUAGGAACUGUCCUCCAACAAUGCACUAUGAUUCAAUGGCAACAGUACAAGGUUUCACGGCCGAAUGCUCUGUGGCACAUGGAUGGUCACCAUAAGCUGAUUCGUUGGGGUAUCGUAAUCCAUGGUAUCAUUGAUGGG